UGAAAAGGGUAUAAAUUGUAGUGACCUUAUGGUUAAUCUGUUUCUCAUUAUUGUAUCAUUGGUUUCAAUUGUUAUAGUUCUCAACAUGGCAACAGCUUCAGUGGCAUUCAAGUCCAGGGAGGAUCAUCGAAAACAGAUUGAACUUGAGGAAGCACGUAAAGCCGGGCUUGCUCCUGCUGAGCUUGAUGAAGAUGGGAAGGAAAUUAAUCCCCAUAUUCCUCAGUAUAUGUCAUCUGCACCUUGGUAUCUUAAUGCUGAGAGACCUAGUUUGAAACAUCAAAGGAAAUGGAAAUCUGAUCCCAAUUACACCAAAUCAUGGUAUGACAGAGGUGCUAAAACUUUUCAGGCCAGCAAGUACAGGAAAGGUGCAUGUGAGAACUGUGGAGCUAUGACACAUAAUGUCAAGGCAUGCAUGGAAAGACCCCGAAAAGUAGGAGCAAAGCAUACAAACAAGCAUAUUGCCGCUGAUGAGAAGAUAGAAACUAUUGAGCUUGACUAUGAUGGCAAACGGGACAGAUGGAAUGGGUAUGAUCCAUCAACAUUUGCCCGAGUCAUUGAGAGAUAUGAAGCCAGAGAUGAUGCUCGAAAGAAGUACUUGAAUGAACAACAGCUGAAGAAAUUGGAGAAGAGCGACCAAACUGAUGAGGGCGCUGCCAUUGAUGAGGCUAUAGAAGAUGAUGAUUUAAGGGUAGAUGAGGCGAAGGUUGAUGAAAGCAAACAAAUGGACUUUGCCAAGGUUGAGAAGCGUGUGCGAACAACAGGCGGUGGGAGUACUGGAACUGUGAGGAACUUACGUAUUCGAGAGGAUACUGCAAAAUAUCUUCUCAAUCUUGAUGUCAAUUCUGCACAUUAUGAUCCCAAGACCAGGUCCAUGCGUGAAGAUCCUCUUCCAGAUGCAGAUCCAAAUGAAAAGUUUUACGAGGGUGAUAACCAAUAUAGAAAUAGUGGUCAAGCUUUGGAGUUCAAGGAAUUAAACAUCCAUGCUUGGGAAGCAUUUGACAAGGGACAAGAUGUUCACAUGCAAGCAGCUCCUUCCCAAGCUGAAUUGCUCUAUAAGAAUUUCAAGGUCAUGAAGGAGAAAUUGAAGUCUCAUACGAAAGAAACUAUUAUUGAGAAGUAUGGCAAUGCUGCUGACGAGGAGAAACUUCCAAGAGAACUUCUGCUAGGUCAGAGUGAGAGGCAAGUUGAGUAUGAUCGUGCUGGUAGAAUUAUUAAAGGACAGGAAGCUGCAAUCCCCAGAAGCAAGUAUGAAGAAGAUGUUUACAUUAAUAACCACACAACUGUUUGGGGCUCAUGGUGGAAGGAUCACCAAUGGGGUUUUAAGUGCUGCAAGCAGACAAUACGUAAUAGCUAUUGCACUGGUGCUGCUGGUAUUGAGGCCGCUGAGGCUGCAAAUGAUCUCAUGAGAGCUAAUAUUGCCCGUAAGGAGGCUGCUGCAGAGGAUCCUGCACCAGGGGAAGAGAAAAGGCUUGCUACAUGGGGAACCGAUGUCCCAGAUGACCUAGUUCUGGAUGAAAAAUUGCUUGCCGACGCACUCAAAAAGGAGGAUCAAAGAAAGAGGGAAGAGAAAGAUGAGCGGAAGCGUAAAUAUAAUGUUAGAUGGAAUGAUGAGGUUACUGCAGAGGACAUGGAGGCAUACAGGAUGAAGAAAGUACAUCAUGAUGACCCAAUGAAGAGUUUCAUGAACUAAGCUUGGAAUUUGGUGCGAACAGGUAUGGAGGCAUACAGGAUGAAGAAAGUACAUCAUGAUGACCCAAUGAAGAGUUUCAUAAACUAAACUUGGUAUUUGGUGCGAACAGAGGACACGAAGGCAUACAGGAUGAAGAAAGUACAUCAUGAUGGCCCAAUGACGAGUUUCAUGAACUAAAGCUUGGAGAGGGCAAAAAGGCCUGCCUGCGUUCAUUUCGUUACAAGGCCACAAGCCAUUCUGUUGUUUUCUCACUGCCAGAAGGAUUGGGCAGAAUGGAUGAUUAGUGACAUAGAAGAGCAGAGUUGAAUUCGAUAUUUGAACAGCUUUGUGUCUAGUUGCUACUAUGGUGUUAUUUAGCUUUUGGAACACAAGGGUGUUUUAAUGACUCAAUAGCAUCUGUUUUUUAUGUAUGAACUUCCAACAUUACAUGUAUGUUCAAACAUCUCUUAUGAUGUCUUUGAGAGAUGUUAGAGCCACUCAGGCAGAUGCUUUACCGGUCUAAGUCUAUAUCCUAGUUUCGACUGUGUUUUCUGGGUCUUUUAUGUUCUUAAAGAAUGGUCCACUAGCUGAUGUGUCAUGGAUCAUAGAACAAAAUGCAAUCCUUGAUGUUUUUAUGGAGUUUAUAAUUAUUACAAACA